AUGUUCACCUCGUUGUCCCUAAUCGUCUUGCUGGGCCAGCCACUGUUCUGGAUGCUCGAAGCUGUUGUAGAUGCCAGUGCCGCCUUGGGAUGUUUCAGCAAAAUCCAGGCUUUCCUGUCAAAGGCUCCGAGGGCUGAGCACAGGGUCAUCAUUCCUUGUCACAGCUCAGGCUCUCUCAGAGGCGUCGAUGCCAAAACAGAUGGGUCCGAUAUACAGCCGGCCGUCCCUACGGGGAACGUAGAGCUUCAAGAGCUCGCCCCGGCGGGCGACAGUCAGGACAAGGUCGACGUGACUGUGCGCAAUGCCUCAUUCUCUUGGCCAACAGACGGCCCUGGCCUUCUCGACCGUAUCAACAUGGACGUUCGCGAAAGCGGCCAAAAGCAGCGUGUGCUCGGGCCAUCUCUUGCCAUCCAGCUGGCGUUCUAGUUGUUAUAUGGUUCGUGGUGUUGAACUGGUGAUGUCGUCGGUGGUGGUGAAGUUGCGGUGUAAUAUUAGGGGAGAUAUGCCAGGCGGUAGAAAAUAAGGGGCUAUAGAUAACCCUAACCUGGAGCGUCGGCGCCUG